GACAGUGCGAAAUAAUAACAGUUAUCUAAAUAUCAUAGCAAAUUAGAAAAUAUAGCAAAAUGAAUUUUUCAACAACCGAAACAAGGUGGAUAAAAUUCGGAAAAUAUCAUGAUUUUGUCUUCGUUGGAAAGGAAACUAUUGCAACGGCUUCCGGUAUUUACGUGAGCUUUUUAAAUUUAAACACAAGAGAGAGGCAAAUUGAACGCUUCGACAACAAAGAAAAGGGUGAUGGCGCGUCGUGUUUGGCAGGACAUCCGAUAGUUCCCAUGUUCUCCGUGGCCGAGAGAAAACCUAAUCCCAAGAUAUCAGUAUUUAUAUAUCCGACACUAGAAAGGAUCUCCAGAUGUGUACUGCCCGACAAAAUUAAUAAUUAUUUAUCCUGCGCCUUCGCUGGUACAGAGUAUCUCAUUAGCUUGACCAGCUUUCCCGAUUUUCGACUGAUCGUGUGGCUCUGGAGAACUGGCAAGCCCGUCGCUAGCCUUGACACGAAAAUAGACAAUCUUGUUCAAGAAAUUUAUUGUUCACCGAAUCCUCCACAUUUGAUAUCUCAAUUGGGGAUAGACGAUAGUACACUGUCGAUCUAUCAGAUACGCACGUGCUCCAAAAUCGUAAGUAUACAUCGCAUAAACACGCCAAUUGCGGGACACAAAGUUGUAUCUUUAUCCUGGACGGCUGAAGGAAAUUUAUAUAUUUCGGAUGAAUUCGGGAAUGUAUGGCUUGUGGCAAUAGAAGCUAAUAAAUUAUACUGGGUAAUAAAAUCAAAAAUACUUGAACAAUCAAAAAAUAAACCGAUUGUUGUUGCCCAUAAAAGUGGCGUAAUAUUUGUAAAUACCAAUAAUCGUACAGAUCACGUCGCAGCGGUGGACCGUCUAAAUCGUCUUUGCAUUUUCGAGUUAUCGACCGGCAAAUUGAUCGCGAGAUUAUCUCUGAAGCACCACGGUGAAGAUACAAAGAUAAUGAGAUUAGUAUUUCUUAUACUUGAUCAUCUUUUCAUAACAGUUCUUCAGGUGAAUUCACAUUCUACUUUACCAAUCCUUGUGUCAUGCAGCGACACUGGUAAUUGCAUUCUAAUUGAUAUCACGAAAGUUUCAUUACCUAAAAUUUUUAAUUGCUUUCAUCUUUAUGAAAAUUUCUUGGAUAAGAUAAAAUUUUCAUGUAACGGCGAACUUUUGGGAAUUGGCAAUUCUCAAACUGGCAUGAUAUUUAUUAUUGGUAAACGACCUAAACAGCAACGCAUAGAUGUUUUAGGAUUCAUAGAAAUUAAUGGAUAUAUCACUGAUUUUUUGAUAUAUGAAAGAAGCAACGACUGCUUUGAAAUCUUAGUCCUAGCAACGACUAAUCCUUCUAUAGCUUCGAUCGGCGGCGAAAAAGUAAUUGUGUACACUUGCAAAAUCUCGAUCGACUUUUGCCCGCGUGCCGUUUGCAUGAUAGACUUACUAAAACCCUUCAGAACGUUCUAUCACGGAUCUAAAUCUUUGAGUAUUUUGGGUAUACCCUCUUUAUCUAAACAAUUACAUCAAAUGGAGAUACAAAAUGACUUUCAAGAUAUUGUUCUCACAGAUGCACUGUUUUCAAUGCAUCAGUUGAGGAGAAUCGGAAUAUAUGUAACCAGUUCUCGAAUUAUAACCUACGGAUAUGACGGCUUAAUUGUAGUUAGAGAUAGUACAGAACUUCGCAGGGUGAUCGCGAUUUUCAUGCCACAUCAUCGCAGCCAAGGAGGCAUAAAACAUGCAAUUUCUUCGCGUUUUGGGGAAAUGAUUGUUUCUCUCGGUAGAAAUGGCGAUCUCGUUGCCAAUCGACUUCGCUUACCAGAAACGAAAACAAAUUUGACAUUAGAAACCGAAACUACAAGUAUACGUUUAACAAUCGAGGAUUUUACUUCCGAUUCAAACGAACUGUACAGUCAAGGAAUUGAAACCUGGUUGGAUAGUAUAAUCGCCGCUAAAUUAAAGGCUGAACGUGAUGAAGCUUUACUUCUACGAGCUUCUAUCGUGGCCGAUCUUGAGAAAAUUAAAACGCAAAUACGCGAGCUCCUCGACAUAAAUGAAGCAAAAUCCUCAAACCACCGUUUGCCGAUCUCGGCCUUCGAUUUAGAUCGCAAGUCUCGACAGCGGAGAAUAGAAGAAGCUCGAGUUGAACGAGAUAAGUUGCAUCGAAACCUCGAAGAGGAGUGCGUCCAAAGAGAUCAGGUGGCGUCGAAUCUGCGUGAAAUAUUUUGGGAACCGCUGCAAGUUAAACCAUGUGCUCUCAAAUCAAUUGGUGAUAAUACAAUUAUUCAAAAUUAUCCUCUCAUCGCCUUGACUAGAAAAAGGAACGAUUACAAAGUAUGGAAUAAGCUUUCCUCGGACACUGACGAAUUUUUAUACAGUUAUGAAGUGUAUAACAGAUCAGUAGAUAAAGAAGAAGAUUUAAGACAAGGAUCUAUAAUGAUUUCCGAUAAAGAAUCUUUAACUAACAAUGAAAGCCAAACACAUCAAGUGGCUAAGAGGUGGUACACACUCGCGGAUGAAGAUGAAAAAUUGUGUAUAUCGGGUAUCACGACGCAUAAAUGGAUUGAGGAUGAAAGCAUAGCUUCAACACAUCAACUAUUGACUCCGUGUGAUAGCAAUCUCGAAGCUAUUCUGCAGAAAGAUGUUAUCACUGAAAAUCGAGAGCGUAAAUUAAAGAUGCGUUUCAAUGAUCUCUUCGAUGAAAUGAAAUACGCAAAGGAAUGUGUAUUAAAAUGUGCAAAGGAGCGCAUCGACAGACUUCGAUAUUGUGCGUCUGAACUGAAAACGUUGUUUGGCAUAGAUUCCAUUCUAGAGUCAAUUGAGACUCCAACUUGGAAUGUCGAAGAAAUACCUGACUACAUAAUUAGCGUUAAAGAUCACGAAGUAUUUGAGAAACAGUCACAGCGGGUAGAACUAAAGAUAUUCGAUAAGAAUCAAAAAGACGAAAAUAAAAGUGAAAAAAUUAAUGAGUUUUAUAAAAUAGCACUUGAAAAAAUGAUGGACGGUGUACUAGAACUUAAAUGGGAAGAUGAAGUGAAAAAGGAAAUACCUGUGCCGGAUUGCUUAAUUAUGAAGAAUCCUUCGAAAUACACCGACGAGGAUAUUGCAGCUAUCGCGUCGUACGAAUCCAAAGUACAGACGUUACAGAAAGAACGUGAAAAAUAUAAAGCGAUACUACAAGCUGAUAUUAUAGAAACAAAAGACGCUUUGCAAAGGGACAUCGCCGCAUUUAACGACAAGUUAAAGGAUCUAGAGUUGAAGAAGAUACAAAUUGAAUGCGCUAUUCUUCAGGAGAGACUGAUGAGGAUACGCACAAUUCAAACAUAUCAGAAUAUGGUCGACGGCAGACAGAAAAUCGCUCGUCUCGCCGACGAGGAGUUAGCACCGGUGAUGCGAGAGGCACGCAAGCUCACCGAGGAGUGCAACUCACUGGAGAUGAUCGUGUCGGAGCUGAAAGUGCGAUACGACAACCUGUGCAAGGCGGACAAACGCCUGGAGUCCAAGUUCCGCAGCGAAUUCUCGGAGUUGAAGCAGCCGAUAGUAGAACACUUGUUCAGGCACUACAAGAAGCGGCCCAGGGCCGGUCGGCUGAUCACCACGUCCGUCACCUACCUGACAGAGGUGGCAAGAUGCGUCGCGAACAACGAGAAGUCGGACAUUUUACCGCGCGAAUGCCUGGACUUCCUCAAAGGCAUGGAUGUUUUGGACUUGAUGCCCCGAAAUCUACCGCUGCAAAUUAACGCCGAUCAUUGGCGAACGAUGUGCAGAUUGAGGAGAAUGAAGAUCGAGAUAGAAACGAAGGUGAGAUGCUGCGCGGUGGAGAUAGCCGAGGCGGAGCAGACGUUGUCGUUUUAUCAGAAGGCGAUGCAGUCGGCUGACAAUGUUGUGACGUGCAAGAAGACCAGCUUGGACGACAUGGAGAAAUCCUUGGCGCAUCGCGCGCAGGAAAUGGAGGUUCAGCUCAUUUUAAAAAUGGGUCAGAUCGAGGUGCAACUACAAGGUUGUCCCUCCGACUAUGCGAAUGCUGUUCUCGUGAUGAGAGAAGAGCUUUUACGGGUCAACGAUUGUAUCGUUGAGACCGGGAAACGCAAGCUGGCAGCGAUGCAUAAAUCCAUGCACUUGCGGAAGAUCGUGUCGCAACACGAAUGGAAGCAUACUUGCGCGAAAAUGAUAAUGGAAGACCUACAGCGGGACUUGAAGGACAUUCGAGAGUUCAAGAUCACGAGAAACGUGCUUGAAUUUUUGAACAACUAUCCCUGCAGCAUAAGUUUGGAGAGAGAUUACGAAAAGAUGGAAGUCGACUUGCGAACAUUUCGAAACAAAUUUCGUGACUUGUUGGAAUUAGAGCAGGCGCGUCUAAAAGAAAUGAAGCGGCUGAUGGCCAAGUGGAAGAAGAAGAACGACAAGAUGUCGCAGGAGAUCAGAUCGAAGUCGGCGGACGUCGAGGAACGUCGCAGGUUGCUUGAGGAUCCGCAUCGCAAGAGGGACGAGGAAUCUCGCAGGAUGAGACUCGCGACGAUCGCGAGGCGUACCAGACUUGUUAUGAAAGCAGAGGAAAAUUAUGAGCAGUUGCUAAUCUUGCACGCUCACCUCGAGGUCUUGAAGCUGCGAACGUAUCCGACCUUGCAGUUUAAAACCGCAUAGGACUCGUGUGUCGAGGAAAAAAAUCUUGGCGCGAGCGAGAUCGUCGACGCUUUGACAACGUCGACUUAAUUUUCUCGACUUUAAUUUAUGAAAACUGCUUUUUUUCAACAGGAAUAAUAAUAUUGUUCUAUUUAUGCAUUCAUGGAGAAGUCUAAACGCGCGGGGAGCGUCGAGCGCCGAGAAUAUCGGAUUAAUACGUUGACUCGCUGAAUUACAGAUUUAUGUAAAUUCACGUGUAAUAUGUAUGAUAAUACAUGGCAAUAGUUUUGUAUUACGUUUCGUCAUUGAUACUUGUUAUUUCGAUCUCGAUCUCAUGUAUGCACUCGCGAUAAAGGAAAAUUAUUAAUUCCAAGAAACAGAUAAGUAAUGUAAUAUUGCUGUAUCUGGACAUUUCUUGGUAAACUUUGUGCUUAUAUGUUAUAUAAAAGAUAAUAUUCAAUA